CCAGUAGGUACUGAGUAUCGUCCGUCACUUCUACUUGCUGCCGCUACCGCCGCCAUCCAUCUCCGCCUCCACGACCCAAUAUUCGUCAUUCGCUCACUCAGGUCACAUUUUCUGCCUCAACUCAUCUAUAGUGUAUAGUAUUUGUAUUUCUGAUUGGGUUUAUUGUUUUUCAUAUUCUCGGCCGAUUUCUUGGAUGUCGAUCUCGCACCCUCUCGUACCCCUCCUGCAGGCUUAGAACACGCAGCCGCAACCGCCGCCGACGCGCCCACAGAUUGAAACGCCUCUGCUUCAACGGUCGUACCCGCCGCAUACAUAUAAUUCAACGGCUUCCCGAUAAGACUUAAAAAAUAAUCCAGAGCAAGAGGCUGCGAGCUCUCGCUCCAAGGAUUGCGACGUCGGUUUUCUGAGCUCGACGUCGCUCUCGACCUUGGAUCCUGGUCCUUCUUAUGCCUUUGGCACCACGUCUGGGAAUGGGCCGCCGGUCGAGAUCUUCUCCCUCGCUCUCCAAUCCCACAGGAGCUCCUGGUCCUACGAACUCUAACGUUCCAAAUACGCCUACGAACCUCGAGAUAUCUUCUCCUGCCGAGUCUGCUGGCUCAGCGACCUCUCCCGCCCCGCGGGCUACCUCCCCCACCGCAUCUACCACCUCUUCUACGCGCCCAAGAUUUCUUUCGCGCCUGAGCCUCCCUCUCUCGCUCCCUUUGCGCAAUCGGAAUCGCAAUAUCACCGACUUUCAUAUUCGUGCUGAGGAACCACACCGUCGAUACAGUGCUGGCGACAAUGUCCGUGGUGCUGUCGUCAUAGUCGUCGUAAAACCUGUUCGCAUUACUCAUUUAACCGUAUCGCUACACGGAUAUGUCCGUGUCUUAAAAGAUCCGACUUCGGUCGCAAAAGCGCAAGGAAGUAUCGUACUACCGCAGAAUGGGGACUCGGCGCGCCCACGAUAUCACGGCAAUGGUCUCGCAAGCCUUUUCCAAGACGAGCAGGUAUUAAGCGGCGAGGGGAGGCUGGAACCUGGCAGAUACGAGUUUGGGUUCGACCUACUGUUUCCUGACAAAGGACUUCCAAGCAGUAUUGACUUCGAGCGAGGGACCGUUUCAUAUAUGGUAACAGCCACGCUAACUCGACCAACAUCGAUUGCCCCAACAUCAUCAUGCGAGCGAAAAGUUAUAUUAGUAGAGGAUGUGGAUGUUGGACUGCUGCCUGUCCCUCGGCCGCGCACCAUCUUCUUGGAACCGAUAUCGAAACGAAAUCGUAGGAGAAAGUCUAUGGUGAUGGACAAAUCAACUGCAGCUCCCUCCGAGAUCAACGAAUUCAAUUCGGAGCAAGAUCCUUUGGAAACACCAACAGAAGACCUUCGUGAGCAGGUGACGAAUCCGAGAAGUCCAAUACAGAGCGAUAUGCGAAGCGAAAUCAGCGGCGAAAGUGGCGUCAGCAACAGCACAAGCUUGAGUAGGCCGGAAGCCGCGCUGUCCCAGGUCGGGACACUCACAUCGGCUAAGCAACAGGCAGUUGAUAAAAAGACGAUUACCGCGACAGUUGAGCUGCUGAAGGGCGGUUGCUUACCGGGUGAUGCUGUCUCCGUGCGGGUCACGGUUCAACAUACUAAAAGGGUGAAGAGCAUGACUGGUGUGAUUGUAACACUCCUCAGACAAGGCAAAAUCGACAGCAACCCACCGAGUGCUCUGUUUGACGAGACUUUAAGUCGUGACGAUGUGGCUCGCAUUGAUAAGGAGGAUGUGUUUCCACGAUCUCGGACCGGUUUGGGUGGUCUUUCGUUGACAUCUUCGAGUUCUACAAGCAUAUUCCGUAAGGACCUUGACCAGAACAUAGCACCACUAAUCAUCGACCCUAACACCAUGCAAACAUCGGUCACCGUGACCGUUAAGCUACCUGACGACUCCUUUCCGACAAUUAAAGGUGUGCCUGGAGAGAUGAUCAGCUUCAAGUAUGUGGUUGAAGUAGUUGUUGACCUUGGUGGGAGACUGUCAAAUCAAAUGCAAACUGGCCCAGCCAGAUUCGGACCUUAUGGCCAUGGAAGUGCAGACAAUCAUACAUACGGGCCAAGAAGAGGCGCUAAUAUUGCAGACACUUCUCAGAUGCGCCAUGAAAAGGGCGUUAUCGCGGUAUCGAUGGAAACAGUCGUUGGCACAACUGAUUCAUCUCGCGGUAAGAAAAAGUCGAGAGCUUCGCCCACUUCGCGAAGCGUACAGAUUCUUGAAAGCGACGAAGAAGAGGUCCUAGGCCAAGAACCAAAUUACGCCGACGAUCCUCCCCUUGAGCCAUACUCGAACAGCACGCCACUCUCGCCUGGUGGUUAUUUUCCAUCACAGGCCAAUGGGAGCCGACUUCCAACGAUCCCUUCUCAUCCUCCGCAGCCAUAUUCACGACUGGUUCCGGUGCAACACCCGUCGCUCUGGCCUCAAGACGUUGCUGGGUCAAAUUUAAGCGGCCCUGUUCAUUCUCCUGCCGCGCCUUCAUACAUCCCACCUCCGGAGAUACUGAAUCAGAACAAUCUUUCCGAGAAGGAGAGGAUUAGGCAAGCAGAAACACGACUUUUACCAAGCCAACCGCCGGAAGCGGGCCCAUCAACAAGUCAUGAUGACGAAGAUAUAUAUGAUGCCGAGGAUACGCCCCGUGUUCCUGAUCUUGGUGGUGGCUUUGUUCCAAGUGCUCCCAACGCUCCAAGUGCCCCUGAUGCGGGACCUUCGGCCCCUUCAGAAGACGAUGUUGACUUGCCAACAGUGCUUCUCCCAGGGGUUGUUGAAGACAAACAGGAACUCGAACGUCAACGGCUUUUGAACGAGGCCAGUGCGCCGCCAGAUGUUCCUGAGGACAUGCAACGACGAGCGGACGAAGGCCCAUCGAGGGAGGUGGAAGCUGAUGCGGAAGCAAGCGCUCCAAGUGCCCCAGUGGUGGAUGAUUAUGAUGAUUUUCCAGGUUACGGAUCUAGUGCGGGACCUUCUGGGACUUCGAGGCAUGCCGAUGGAGAGCAGCUGCCAGCCUACCAAAGAUAAGCUGGUGUACGUAGAGGCGUGUGUAUUGCAUAGGCGUAUGAGUGUAUGGGAUAUGAUGGGUAUGCUAUAUAAUUUGCUGGCGCAUAGGUGGGAACCCUAGCGUUUGGAUAUAUGAUGAAAGUCAAAUCAUGAUAAAGUUGUUACUGCCUGUACCAACAAAUAACAAUAAUUAUUAUUGAGGAUGAAGAUUAGCUUUGAGCUGAAGUUGUUUCUUGUACGAAGUUCCAG